AUGGCUGUGGGUUUAGUUGUGGUGAUAGUGUUUAUGAUCGUGUCUACUGUCAUUGGGAACACUGCAAUCUGCUACAUUAUCUAUAGAGUAAGGCGUCUUCACUCUCCUUCCUGUAUUUUUCUUGUGAAUUUGGCCAUCAAUGACAUUCUGGUGGCGUUGUUUCUACUACCAUUCAGCAUCGCAACCACGGCAAGUAAUUACGUUGUCGUGAGUAAAACUGGCUGCGACAUCAUUGGAUUCUUCCAACAUGCUACGAGCGCAGUCUCAGUUUUGACGCUUUUAUCAGUUAGCAUGGACAGGUAUCUAGCCAUACUAACUCCUCUGAAAUACAAAGGCUGGGUAACCCGUAACAGGACCGUUUUAUGCAUAUUCUUCAUCUGGUUUUAUGCGUUGUUAUCGGCGUGUUAUCCUCUUCUGGGAUGGAGUCAUUAUUAUGUUUUCCCUGGACAGUGGCUGUGCGAAUCCAAUUACCACAUAUCCGUUAGUUUUACAUACUUCAAAAUGACUACAAUCUACUUUAUGCCGCUGGUUUCUAUUAUUUUUAUUUACAUCAGUAUACUACGAGUAGCUUUACGUCAUUCGAAGCAAAUCGCCCGCGAAGUAAAGGCAUUGCGUCAAAGGGAAAUGGCCGCAGUACUUGAGCCCGAACUUGGUGCACAAGUGUCAGCGGCGGUCAUAUCGGGACAAUAUUGCAUGCGCAAGCCGCAUUCUGCCCUCAGAGCAGAUAUAAAGACAGCUUUGACAUUGGCCUCGAUCGUCGGAGUGUUAUUUAUCGCCUGGACACCAUAUAUAGUAGUAAACCUGUGGUCCUCACACACAAGGAAUUAUGGGACGGAAUUACUACAGUCCAUUGUCUCUGGACUUUAUUACUCCACGGGAGUUAUAAAUCCUUAUUUAUACGGAUACUUGAACAGGAUUAUAAAAAGAGAAUUUAAAACUAUUUGGACAAAUACGCGCAGGUCUUUUUCUCAGAUCAGAGCGAACAAAAUCCAACAAGCGGAAAUAACAUCACGGAAGUCGUCCUAA